UCCACAGGUUUCGCGAGAUUUACGUAGACUGGUUGGUGUGUGGGAGCAUUUCUCCGCCAGACGAACUGAACAAUACUGAUAUGAAAUCUGCGUAAAGGUUAAAGUAGCCUUUGAAUUUCUGGAGGCAUGUCCAAGAAAAGGGGCAGAAAGCGGAGCAGCGGGGAACUGAGUGACACAGUAAGCCCAGACCCGAACAGCAUUCUGGGAGUCCGUAUUCAACAUAACUGGCGUGAGAAGGGGAACCAGAGCAAAUGGAAGGGAACAGUGCUGGACAGGCUUAGUGUAAAUCCUUCUCUGUUCAUGGUGAAGUAUGACGGCUUUGACUGCGUCUAUGGCAUCGAGCUGUUCAAGGAUGAGAGAGUGUCCAACCUGCAAGUCCUAUCAGAAAAAGUUGUAAACAACAAAAUCAAGAUACCUCCAGGGGCUGAGGAGCUGGUGGGCAAAGCUGUGGAGCAUCUGUUUGAAAAGGAAGAUGGAGAGAAGAAUGAGUGGAGAGGCAUGGUCCUCUCCAGAGCUCCAAUCAUGACCAACUGGUAUUAUAUCACUUAUGAAAAGGACCCCGUUCUUUAUAUGUACCAGCUGUGGGACGACUAUGCUGAUGGAGACCUCAGGAUUCUGCCUGAAGCAGAAAACAAGCACCUGUUGCCUGCAGACAGGAAGCCAGGGGAGGAGACGGAGAGUCUGGUGGGGAAACAAGUGGAGUAUGUUACUGACAAGGGUGUGAAGAGAACUGGCCUGGUCAUCUACCAGGUUCCAGCCAAGCCCUCUGUCUACUAUAUCAAAUACGAUGAUGACUUUCAUAUCCAUGUCUAUGACCUGGUCAAAACCACCUAGAAAUAGUGGACACUUUUAUGUCACUCUCCAGCCUCCCUCCAUCUGCUUCUGUUCCACUCAUUGUUACAGUCUGUUAUUCAAAGCCAUGGCAGGGUUGAAUAGUUAAUAUGCUUUAUUGUUCAGAAGAAAGUGCAAUCUUUUUCUGUAUGCACAGCAGAACUGUAGCACCGCUAUGCUUUGCUAUUUCGAGGAGAGGGAGUCAACUUGUUUUAUUAUUGCUGCUCUACUUUAUACUUUAAUGUUUGGACAGUCCCAAGAUUGCACUGCCCAACAGCUGCAAAGUGCAGUUGAUACUGCACUUGCAUUGUUGUCCCUGAGAUACUCACUGAUCUGUCCUUAAAGUAAUUAUCUUAAUUAAAUCCUAGUAUGAUUAAAAAAGCUGUUCAAAAUAUUUAACAACAUUUUUCUUUGGAUUUACUUAAUAGGUAAUAAGCUUGGUAUACACAUUUUCUUCUGCAUAGAUGCCUUCCAUGGACACAUUUAUUAAAUGUAAUGGGCAGAUAAAUAUGUGUACUGUAUUUAUCUAACAGGUACAUCAGAUAAAUCAGUGUUAGUACUGGAAAGGAUGAAUAAAAGCAGCAUUGUAAGAACACCAAUCAAGAACAAUUCAAAUGAGUUAUGCUCACGUGGAAAAAUGCUCCUGCACCUUCGCACCAUUUUAAGUUCAUCCAUGGCUCUAUGAAUUGGCUGCAUUUUCAUGCUGGGCAUUUCUUCUUUUAGCCUAGAAGGAAGGUUUCUGCACAGGCUCUAAAUCAUAGUUUAACAGCACAAGGAACAUCAGAUUCUUUGUACUGGUAAUUAAGAUGCUAAAUUCCCACUUGAAUUUGAUCCUACACAAAUCAUCAAGUGCCUUCCGGCUUGUCAUUUUGCAAUAUUGUACAUACUGUAUCUCUGACUAUCUACGCUCUUAAUGAAUCUUCAUGUAUGAAGGCUGCUAUUGGGUAUUCAUUCAGAAGUGGCGACAAUGAUGGCUUGAGGAAAGUUUUGCAAUCAUCAGUUUAUAUUAGUGCUGUGAUUUGCUCUUAAUGCAGUAUGAAAAUGUUCUUUACAUAUAACACACAUCAUCAUUGGUUGUAUAAUCUCACUAUUGAUAUUGUGGGGAGCACUUUAAUUGUAUAAAGUUUACAUGUUUAGGUUAUGGUAUGCUAUAUCGUUUCCCCAAAAUGCUUUUUCCUUUAGAUCAAAAUGUGGCAGAAUAACGCUUUAUAUCACAUGGAUAAAGAAAAAAAGAAAAUAAAAAUAGUUGCAAUACAUUCAGAUGACAGUAUUUAAUCUGUACAACUUGUGUAAAAUGCCUUGUAACGUUGCCUGUUGUGAUAAUUCACAAUAUGAAUAUAUCAUCAAAACACCACCAGCUUUUAGUGAACAGUUCGUUAAUAUACAUAAAUUAUAAACUGAAUAUUUAACAGGUAUAAUCAACUGACAAACCACUGUCGACAGUAACUAACUCUGGUUCUAGUCUGUUAAAACUGUCUCUUAGUCUUGCAAACAUGACAUGUAUGCUUGCAGUAUGGAUUACAUCCUAACCUCAUCGCCAUGUCCUAGCUGCUGAAUUGGUCUUGCCCCUCUCAGCCUUCUCCGAGUCAUUCAGCGUAUCCCUCAGUAAAAUAGUCAAUCAGUAGGUGUACUGUUACUGUUAUUUUUAGCUGUCAAAACUCUGCAUGCAUCAUCUGCACAGAGUGCCUGGAGAUUUUCAAACCUUACUUUGACAGUGGAGAAGUGACAAUGUGUGGCAGAAUCAGUAGUUUGUUUAACCCACAUUAAAAAUAAAACAAUCAAAAAAAUAGGGUUAACGCUGUACAUCACCACCAGUGGUGCUGUGGAGUGUUUGUGUUGUGUAGAGUGGAAUUACAAAUGACUGUGUGCGCUCUUUCAUGCUUUUGAUCACCUCCUCCUGUUCUGAAGUUGUAGCACCAUCAACAGGCAAUUUGUGUCAUUAUUAUUCUGUCAUGAGUAAUAAAGAUUUUUGCACAUUU